GGGCCUCGCUCGGCGGGGGCUGCAAGGAGGUACAGGAGGAGACUGGAUCCACCGUGUCCAGGCCAACUGUGACGGAGCUCGGCCUGAAGGUCCGGCGAAGCCCCACCGACCGGGGGGACCGCAGCGACAGCUUCCCGUGGGUGUUACGCUCGACAUCGUUGGCUGUCGCUGGUGACACCGUGGAGGGAGCGAGCCGAGCCCGCAGAGCUCUCCCGUCUCCGCCGUGGCACCGCAUCGGCAGCUGUCAGGCUACCACCGACCAGGAGCUCGCAGCUGGAUUUAAGAAAACGCAGUUCAGACCUGUGAUCGAGAUAAGACCGGCUUGAGGAGGAGGCGGCGGGGCGGCGAGAAAGCCACGGAUCGCCAGUUGUCCACUUGUCAUCAUGGGCAACGCGCCCACGGCCAGGAAGGGCAACGAGAUGGAAAGCGUCAAGGAGUUCCUUGCUAAAGCCAAAGAGGACUUCCUCAAGAAGUGGGAGAGUCCUGCACAGAACACUGCUGGCCUGGAGCAGUUUGAGAGGUUGAAAACCCUGGGCACAGGCUCGUUUGGCCGAGUUAUGCUGGUGAGACACAGAGAAACGGGACAGCAUUAUGCCAUGAAGAUCCUAAACAAGCAGAAGGUGGUGAAGCUCAAACAGAUAGAGCACACUCUGAAUGAGAAGAGGAUUCUUCAGGCUGUCAGUUUUCCCUUCCUGGUGCGGUUAGAGUACUCAUUCAAGGACAACACUAACCUCUACAUGGUGAUGGAAUAUGUGCCGGGUGGAGAGAUGUUUUCCCAUCUACGGAGAAUUGGCAGAUUUAGUGAGCCUCACGCUCGGUUCUACGCUGCUCAGAUCGUCCUGACCUUUGAAUAUCUGCACGCUUUGGACCUGAUCUACAGAGACCUGAAACCUGAGAACCUGCUCAUAGACCAACAGGGCUACAUCCAGGUGACAGAUUUUGGCUUUGCCAAACGUGUAAAGGGCCGGACCUGGACACUGUGUGGCACCCCAGAAUAUCUGGCCCCAGAGAUUAUUCUCAGCAAGGGGUAUAACAAGGCUGUGGACUGGUGGGCGCUGGGCGUGCUCGUCUAUGAGAUGGCAGCAGGAUACCCCCCCUUCUUUGCUGACCAGCCAAUUCAGAUCUAUGAAAAGAUCGUAUCAGGGAAGGUUCGUUUUCCAUCUCACUUCAGUUCAGACCUGAAGGACCUCCUGAGGAAUCUACUACAGGUUGAUCUCACAAAACGUUACGGCAACCUCAAGAACGGGGUCAACGACAUCAAGGGACACAAGUGGUUUGCGACCACCGACUGGAUUGCCAUCUACCAGAAAAAGGUGGAAGCUCCAUUCGUCCCUAAGUUUAAAGGACCAGGCGACACCAGCAACUUUGACGACUAUGAGGAGGAGGAGAUCCGCGUCUCCUUCACUGAGAAAUGUGCCAAGGAGUUUGCUGAGUUCUAGAGUUAAGAGAGCGACAGAGGAAGAGAGAAAGGUAGUAGGGAGAGUCACAGGUACGCUGGUCAAGUGGGAGACCUGGGGAGAGAGCACUGUCUCCUGUCCAAUCACAAGCACCAGCUACAAAAAAGAGAGGAAAAUGGGAUAGAGAAGGGAAAAAGAACAAGGAGACUGAUAACCAGCAGUGUUGCCUUUUCUGUUGCUGUUUUUGUUGUAUUUUAUUCAUUAUUCUGUCUUAUUUAUGAAUCCCUUUAUAAUGAACGUGUGCUUCAGAUUCAUGGGUGUUGGGACCCCCACUUAAUUAGAGUUGCCACUACACAAGGUUUCUCCCUCUCUUUUAUCAUUUCCUUCAUCUUUUAUUCACUUCUGAACCACAACAUCCAGACAUCAGCAGUCUAAGCCAUGACAUGAAGCCAAUCGAGUCUUGUACAAGCUCAAGUCUCAGUCUGCAAUUUAAAACCGACUUCUCACUCGCUCUUUCCGUUUUGAGCGGGACGAGCCUGUUAGCAAGUAAGUUUAAAGGUGUCUCACACACGUAUGCACUGUCAGCUUAAAUGACUAUUCGUUUUGAAGUUUAGGCUUAAUUUUCUUGAUGUAAACAUGGACUCUCUCAUAUCAUAGACAACAUACUCUUACUGUAUGUCUGUGGCAUGAUGAGCCAAUAGAGAAACAAACAGCGAUGGAUCCUGUGCUCAAAUUUCAGAUGACACUUAAGGGGGGAAAAAAGUCAAUGACAUUUUCUGUGUAAUUCCAUCUUUACUUCUUAUCAUUGUUAGCAUAGCAGGGCUUCGCGCACAUGUACAGCACUCAACUUUUAAAUGUUGUUCGAUUCUAGUGGCUCUAAUGAUGUCAUGUCACGCUAACAAUCGAGGGAAUAACGAGAAGGGAACAUCUAGGAAAUAUCUCAGUUUUAUCGGUGUUGUUGAGGAACAGUGUAACAUAAUGGUAUCUCAGGUUUGAACAUAUCACUCAAUAGACAUCCUAUCAACGCAAGUCGUCAGGAUCAGACGGUUAAGGAGGCGUGCUUAUCGUAUAUAUACAGUGCAGUGCGAACUUAAAGUUAAGCAUAAGGGAACACAAAGAGUUUUUGGUUAGCGUCUUCCGUCGUUCGUUCUCCCCCUUCCAGAAGAAUUGCUUUUGCUAACGUUAAUGAUUCUGUUUGGUCUUGAAAGCACUUGCUGUCUCUGCUCAGAGCUACUAGUCAAGUUGAUUGUGCAUGUGGAAUCAACCAUUUGACCCUUUGUCAUUUCCAAAUGAAAGGGACCAUGUGAGGCAGACUACCUCAAACUGCUUCUGGCUGGUGGUCAACACAACUCUUUGACCAGUCAUUGGUGGCGCUCUGGAUAGUGUGCUUUGGCUCUGUGGUCUUCUAUAGAAACUUGUGUUUAUGUUCAUCUCCCCCAGCACCCAGCCUUCACCUUUCGGACCACACUAAAUGUGACAGUCUUAAGACCCUUUUCCACUGGUCAAUAAGACCACUUACACCUGCUAACAUCUGGCUUUUGUCUGCAAUGAUAACGGAUACAAUCAGCAGUUAAUCCUGGGUCAAACAACUCUGCGGUCGACACAGGUUUUUAUCGGCUCCGGCUCCGAUCGGCGGUGUUGGAAACGUGACACCCGGGUGAUUGUGCUAAUUUAGCAAGACAGCGAGGUGAGAGAGUGACUCGGUGCGUUUGUAGAAAGAGAAAGGCAAACUCCUCUACUGGCAAUGGGGAAAGAGUUAAUUGUGUUUUUUGUGGGUUUACCCACGUUUAAAGAACCUGCGUAUACCCACUAAUUUUGUUGUAAAGACGUAUUAUAUGUUACAGCAACUCUGUUGAAAACAUGCGUGGUUUUAAUUAAUUUAUUUUUUUCAUGUGGAGAUGAAGUAAAGAGGAUUUGGUAAUCUCUUGAACAAGUUAGGAGAAGACAGAGCACCUGGAGCAUUACAGAGCUAGUGUGCUGAGAAUUGACAAAGAAUGUUCCUAGUGCACAGUAUGGAACCGGCCUAUUUACAGUACACGACACAUAGCGCUAUAGGUGUCCAGCGUCUCCUUAACUCCUGAGCUGUGACAGCAGAGAACGUAAGCAGAUCCCAAAAAAGGUUGAAUUGUCGGAUUCUUUCAAUCAGAAUUUGUAAAACACCAAGUUUCAUCCAUAAGAAAGCUGUAUUUUAAUGUGCGACCAUCAUGAAGAUAAUUGAUACUAAUUGAUCAUUUGGUUCAUAUAGGCACCUCUUGUUUUUCUCUCAUAAUUUAAAACUCUGGAUAUCUUUUUGCUCACUUUUGUCUUUCCUGCCAAAAGUAGCUUACAUAUGGCGAAAAAUAUAACAAGCAUUUUCUCAGAACUGCACAUUUGUAAUGUGUAGUUAUAUGUAUGUAUCAUUUUUAUUUAAAUUAUAUUUUUAAAAUCAACUUGCAUGAAGCUUGAGUUAAACAAUCCAUUCCAGAUUAUAUUUAGGUUUACGUAGCUCAGUUUCCAUGGCUGAAUCAACCUUCUAUUUUGGUCCUGGACCCAUAUUAAAACACCAUUCCCCCCACCAUCUGUACAUUAUGCUUGAAUAUUCUACUGCCCCAGGUUCACUGAUUGAUAUAAAGUGAAACUAGUUGGGAAUAUGCAGCAUGUGAAGGGCCACUCCAGCAACGUCUUACUGCACUUCCAUAAAAUAUGACGUUUGCAGCUGAGGCCAAAAUAUGCCGACUUCUUCUAUUAAGGCUCAGGCUCCAAGAACUUUAGCUUUCACAGCUAACACAAUGUAACUCAGUACCUUCUUUCACCUUCAACCACACGCUACCAGUUUCUCAUUGCAGGACUUUUCAAAAAAAUGUGUAUGCUCCUCCAAGCCUGUGCACUCGCAUUCCUUUUAAUGUAGUGGUUGUCUUCUCGUGGCAAGACAGUUCCCGGUUGUCCAGGGUCUUUCUCUCUGGAGUUUGAGACAUGGUUAUGGGACGAAGCAGGGUCCACUUUAAGACCCCUUAUAAUGUCAGCUGAUGCUCAAGUUUGGCAUAUUACCGAAACAGUUCUUCAAAUUCACACACCAUGUGAACAAACAGUGAACCUGGGGCAGUGAACAAGUCAACGCAACUUGAGACCAACUGGGUCCAUUACAUUCCCGCCGCUCUCCUACUUUUCUCAACUUUUCAUAUUUCACCAGUACAGAGGUGAAGCUGCUGGAAAAACUCUCUUAAUUCAUCAAACUGAAGUAAAAACCAUAUCAGCAGAGAGAUGGUGGCAAAAGCUGCUGGUGGCUGCAUACCUUCAUUUUGUCAGCUGCUCAUUUAUAGGUUGUUAUGGUCUGAUUUACAAACUGCUAUUUAAAUAUUAUUAUUAUUGUCAUUAUGACAUUGUAAACCACUUGUCGAGACUUCACAUUCGCUGUAUUUCCUCCAUGUCCAGUUCAAUGUUGACUCUCAUCAUCUCAGACAAAAUGUUUGAAGUUAUAAAACAAUAUUAUUCUGUGUCCUCUGUGUUUUUUGCAGUGAUACUGACUUCCUCCCUCUCGAUGCAGGCACAAUGCUGGUUCAUACUGUCGCACUUUUUAGGGAAAUGAGACCCCCCUCCUAAUGUUAACCGUGUUAUUCCCCCACCCCUGCCACACACAUACACACGCACACACAGACACACACACAUACUGCAAAGGGAAGCGUCUAAAGUCACGGGAUCAGUGGCAUAAAAAACAUGAAGUGUAAUAUUUUGCAACAUGAGUAUCAUUCCAAUAAAGUUUUACU